ACUAAUUUGUGACCCCGAUGACUUAACAGGCAUUGAGAAAUUGGCCAAUUUGAGUAACCUUGAGGAUAUGACCAUAAAUUCUUCAAGGUAUAUUAUGGACAAAAAUGAUUGCCUUUCUUUACUUCUAAAAAAUAUGGAAGCGCAACACUCAAUUCAGUGUAUAAACUUGCCAUUCCAGAAACUUACUUUUGAAGAGGUUUUUAUUAUUUCACGGAUAAGGUCACUGAAAAAAUUGAGAUGCGGGUUUUCCGAAAUGGAAGACUUUCAGUCAUUGUCAGAGCUAGCCAACUCAAGUAUUGAAGAACUAAUUGUUUUAGAUACACGCUUCCCUGUUUUAAACUUAUUGACUGCUUUUUCUUUAAAUCGUACUACUAAGCUACAGAAGCUUGAAUUUGUUAGAAAUACUCUUGGCGUGAGAGAAGUGUCUGAGAUUUCAAAAAUUAAAAAACUUACAAUGCUAAGUGCAACGUUCCAAAAUUCAGAGAGUUUUGAAGAAAAUAAUUUGUUAGAGCCACCGUUGAAGAUUUUGGCAAUCAAAUCACCGACAACACUCCAAAAAUUGGAACUAAAUGAAUGGAUUGGUAUUGGUUCCACUGAAUGCAAUUAUUUAACUCAAAUCGAAACUUUGGAGUCUUUAAAUUGUAAACUGCGUAGAGAACCUGGCAUAGAAGUGUUGGCAAAUAUAAAAAGGCUUACAAAAUUAUUUAUCACAGAAUCAUAUAGUUCGCAAAAUGAAGCGCAAAGUACUGCAAUGGCCGAACUUUACCGGGCUUUGGCGCUUAAAAGUGAUUCAAUGUUACAAGAACUUCAAACGCAAGUGAACGAUUCUGUUGAGAACUGUGAAAUAUCAAAAAUAAAAUCGUUACAAACUUUAAAAAUUAUCUAUAAUAGGAAAUGUGACAACAUAUCAGAUCUGGGACAACUAAGCGAACUUAGAUCAUUGCAUAUAGCUGAAAACUAUGGAAGCAUUGAUUGCCAUAAUUUAUUGUCAAUAUUUCAGUCUUGCCAAAAUCUUGAUUUCGCCACUUUUGAAUUUAAGAAUAAUGAUUUGGAUGCAAGCUUUAUAGACAAAGUGAUUAGCAUUUUAAAAUCUUCAAGGGAUCCCGUACGUCAAAGACCGUUAAAACUUCUUUUGAUUGAAGAAUCUACCUUUCCGAAUUUCCAUCUAAAGGACAUUGACUCAGCGUAUAUGAACAUCUCCUACGCGUACAAACCAGAGGACAUGAUGAUUUUUCCAGAUGACGGCGAAGAAGAAUUUUAUUUUGAUGACCUAGAUUCUAAUGACUCGGAGUCCCUGUUUUUUUAAUUGCUAGAUAUUUAAGAACAGUUUGUCUUGCAAAAAUUAACUA